AUGGCGGAACGAAUUACCGAUGAUCAGGUCGCGAGCCUGAUCGCGAUAUUGCGCGCCGAUGUCCCGGUUGAUGCCAAAGUACAGCAGAUCACCGCUGUCAAAUCUAGUAUCAAGCAACACACUGUGCCAGAAUCAUGCAUCCUGCCACUCCUUGAUGCUCUGCGUACAGCGUCGAGCUCUCAACAUGGCGCUCUCGUCAAUGUCGGCUUCACAGCUCUCAACCACUUAUUCACACGUCUCACGCGACAGGACCCAAAGUUCUUGGCCAAGGAGGGCGCGCGGACUCUUCCGCUAGUUGUGGAGAAGUUGGGUGAUCAGAAGGAGAAGAUCAGACAGGUUGCCCUCCAGGCGCUCAUUACCCUCUACAAGGUGGUCCCUGCCGAGGUCGAGCGCGCUGUUCGAAAUACGGCAAUGGUUGGAAAGAGCACUAGAGCAAAGGAGGCCAGUUUGCAUUGGUUGCUCCAGAUGCACCAAGAACAUGGACUACAAUUCCGCGCUUACGUUCCUAACUUAAUGGAGCUCCUCGAAGAUGCCGAUUCUGGAGUGAGAGAGGUUGCGAAAUCGACGGUCAUUGAGCUAUUUAGGAACGCGCCCAAUGCUGCGAAGUCCGAUCUCAAGCGGCAACUGAAGAACUUCAAGGUGCGCCCGGCGAUCGAGCAAGCAAUCAUCAAAGAGCUCAAUCCCUCGUUCUCGGCGUCUGCGUCGCAACCGGAUAACCUGGCCGAACCAGCGCCGCCCAUGGUCACAAGCACCUCGUCUCACUCGACACGGCCUGUGACUCCCGGAGUCCCAGACAAUGGCCCCGAGCCCGUUGAGCCGCUAUAUGUGAACACGUCCCGCGAGCUGGACGAUAUGCUUCGAGACAUGCAGCUCUACUUCGAAGGCAAGGAAACGGAGCAGAACUGGAUGAAGCGGGAAGAAAGCAUCACCACUCUCCGAAGGAUCCUUGCCGGCAACUCCCCUUCCGACUUCGGCGACCAGCUCCUCGCGGGCCUGCGCGCUCUUCUCGACGGUAUCAUCAAGGCCGUCACAUCACUUCGGACAAGCCUUUCCAAAGAGGGCUGUAGCCUUGUCCAGGACAUUGCAAGGGUGUACGGUCCAGGAAUGGAUCCUAUGGUAGAGCUUCUAAUGCAAACCUUCGUCAAGCUCACUGCGGCAACCAAGAAGAUCAGCUCUCAGCUGGCCAACACAACUGUCGAUAUCAUUAUUUCCAAAGUCACAUACAAUUACCGCCUCGUGCAACACAUCUCGUUUGCUUGCCAGGACAAGAAUGCUCAGCCCCGGCUCUACGCUUGCGGCUGGCUGAAGACGUUGUUGAACAAGGAAGCACACCACAAGAAUCAUGUGGAGCAUACAGGAGGGUUGGAAGUGAUCGAGAAGUGCAUUAAGAAAGGCCUCAGCGAUGCCAACCCUGGUGUCAGAGAGAGGAUGCGCGGAACUUAUUGGACCUUUGCAGCCAUAUGGCCGGCGCGGGCAGAAGCCAUCAUGAACGGGCUUGACUCAACUGCACAGCGGUUGUUGCAAAAUGACCCUAAUAAUCCGAACUCGCCAAAAAGGCUAGACGGGCCUGUCCGUCCUGGGAUGGGCUUGUCGAAGAGCACUAUGGGCUCUUCGAAAUCGAAUCUGAGGGAGACUAUGCAGGCACAAAAACGUUCCAUGGCAACGGUAUCCAGUAAAGAGAUCCCCAAAACCCGCCCUGGUUCUGCCAUGUCGCGCUUCUCGCCCGUCCCAACCUUAUCUAGUUCUCAAGCGAUGGGGGCUACGCGUGUUAGGCCGGAGCCCAGUAUUAUGGCAUCAACCGGUGGUUUGUCUGGCGCUCCAGUAAGACCUGUCAAGAGGAAACCCGAAGCUGUUCCCCGUCCAGCUACCGCCGGGCCUUACUCGUCCUGGCGCAGGCGAACCGAUGGCCCUGAGCCCGGCACCAGCAAUUACGGCAUCACGGAUUCCGAGACCGUCUUCAACAUCACCUACAAGCCCUCCAAGAUCAGCUCAUCGUUCUGCGCCACUCCAGCUUGGCUCCCCCCUGCGGUUCUCGGAACCCAGCUUGCCCUCACAACCCCGGUCACUGGAAGUGCCAGCCGGAGGCGCCAGGAAGGCGACGCAGAUUGCGAGGAGCCUUCCUCUCCAGAGAAGACAAAGCUGAAUUUACGUCUUCUCGACAGUGGGAUCGCCAAAGUACAGCAGUUGGCUCUCGACGUCCACGGCUUCCGGAAACUCCAGGGCAUCCUCCGGGAGAGCUGCAAGCCAACAACUACCACUCCUCGACUCCUUACUGACGACAAGUUCAAUGCUCUUGUCACCGCUUUAUUUUCCUUCCUCGAAGCUCCAUUGCCAUCACUUUCCCCAGAGAAGGCCUCAGACGUCAAGACCCAAGUUCUUGCGACCAUCAAGCUGCUCCUCAAGCGCAUGCGCCCUUCUUUCCAACCACACGUCUCUCGCGGUCUGGAAAGUCUUGUGCGAGUCCGUGCCUCGUACGAUACACGCACCCACAUUGUCAGCGGCCUCGAGCUUCUUGCGCAGGACCUUGCCGCUCUAGGAGAUGCAUCUGAAAUUAUUCUCGUCCUGUCGCGCUUAUUGAGCGAACUGGAUGUGGAUGACCCUGUUGCGGGGAGGUCGCUAAGCAUGGGGCUGCAUGUGCUUGCGCAGAUGAUUGAUGAUCGACUCCGACAAGCGUCUACUGCAGCCCCUGACCACACAUUUGUGCUGGCAGACCCAGAACUCGAUGCGUUGGCCUCCUUGGCUGCCAAAUGUCUAGACAGCAUGGAAUCCGCGGUACGGAUGGAUGCUGUGGCAUUGUGCGUGGCGCUACAUGCUGUAGUUGGAGAUGCCAAGUUCUGGCAGGCUGUAAAGGGCGUGAGGGAAGAUCCAAAGAGCUUAAUCACGUACUAUAUCGUCAAGAGACAGAGGGAGAUGGGUACGUUGGUUGGGUAG